UUUGGACAUUUCUACAAAUUAUAAUGAAUUAAAUAUGAAAAUAGAAUUUAAAUCUAAUUUCUAAAAUCCUAAACACAUUUUUCCCAAAGCCCCCUCCAGGAAAUUCUAAACCUACUCGCGCCCCCCACCUAGGCACUGCAAUAGACACGCAGGCCCGGUCAAUAGACCGCUCUCUUGGCCUUGAUUGCGGGCUUGCCGGCGGGUAGACGGCUCGUUGCCGGCGAGGUCUCCAGCGACGGAAACACCACUACUCAACUCACAUUAACCUAGCGCACCUACUGAUGGUGUUAUUGGGGUGGGCUGGUGGACGGCAGCGGUGAACGGCGGAAGACAGCGGCGGAGCAGGCGGCACUAGGUCUACCAACGACGCAGAGCUCGACAGUGGCGAACUGACGACCACAAGUGGCUUAGAAAGCUUCACCAGGACCUACACGGCGCACUCCCAAACCAAGGCUCGCCGUGGCCGGAGCAAGGUGCUCCACGACAGCGGCCAUGGCCGAGGCGUGCGCAUGGUGGCGUAGGAGCUCCGGCCAGCCCGGCCAUGCUCCAAGCCAACAAGCAGCACCCACACGAUCUACGCUCACGCUUGACACAACUAGACCCUAAGACGGUGCUGACAACCACGGUGAGGCACGGCUCCACGAUAGCGGCUUACCAAAAAGCAAAGUGGCGGCCGGCACUGAGGAAGAUGAUGGUGGAGAGGUGCUGUGGUGGAUAGGGCUGGACAACGACUAGUGGGAUGGAUUUAGGAGGUCAAGGUGGUGGUUCUGGCGGAGGGAAAUGACCGGCGGUGGCGGGACGGUGGCGGAACUCACCGGUGACCGAGGUGCGGUAAAAAGGAAGCAGCGCGGUGAAAGGAUAACUCCGGCCGGCGGGAGCGGUAAUUUGUACAAACUUUUACCGCCCUUGCUACGGCCACCUCCUGCUUGCUUACCUGGUUCGCGUCACAUGCCUGCACCGGCACGUGGCACGGCGAAACCGCCCUUGCCAUCGGCGGCAAGCAGCUGCGUAGCAGCAGCCUGGCUCUGCUCUUCCCCCUUUCUUUCCAAUUCCGCCCGAGAUUCAACUCCAAUUUGCGCCAAUCUUUCAAUUCAAACUCCCCAAACUUCUUUAAGCAAACUUGUAGUAGAUCCUCAGGACUACAUUCUAUAGAGUUGCAUCGAGAGCCAAAGAUCACUCUAUCACUUUAAAUUGAAACCCGAAAUUGGCCCCUUGCACUACACUGUCAGUGUUUAAAGGACACCCCGUUCAAUUUCGUCAGUUAACUUUCAAACAGCCAUUGUCCAAACUUUGAACUAACAUUUAAAUGUCCAACCCAACUUUUGUGUGUCCAAGAGCUACUGUCAUAUGUUGUCCAAAGAUUAUAGAUCCCAUUUUGCCUAUUAUAGUCCAUCACUUACAUAUAAGAAUCUUCACAAAUUUUUAGCCCAAAUUGGCCAUUUAUUCCUGAUUCAGAACCCCAAUGGCCUGUGCCAUUCAGUUGAACAGUCCAUCUUUCAAACUUUGGGCUCCAAGAAAAAUUUGAAUUCCUUCCUAUAUUUGUCUAACAACAUUUCCCAAUAUGUUCAAUGGACAUCAAAGUCAACUUGUGGUUCAAAAUCUCUCAAAGUUUAUAUAAAAAAUCCUUCAAAAAAUUAAUUUCAAAGUUGGAUGACUGUCACUGUUUUCAGACUUGGACAUUUUUCAGACAGUGAAUAGUAACUUCAGGUCAACCACUUUGACUCUGAAUUUGAGAUGCCUAUGAAUUUGGUCUCAAAUUUGAUCCCUUUGGCUUCUAAACACCCUUAGCUCUUGAUUCCACAUUUUUGUAAAAUUUUCCCAAAUUUGAAUAUUAAAUUUGAAUUUUUAGUCAAAUUUGACUCAAAAAUUUGAACUUGACCAAUAAUACCUCCUUUUAAUCCAAAUUUCACCAUUAACACCUUAAUAACCAAUCUUAGGCUUUUAACGACCCUGGUUGUUACAAUAUCAUGCUCAAAGCAUGAAACUGUAACACUUGUCUCCAAAUCGAAUACCACCUUAAAGCUUUGGACAUUCACCACACUCUCAUGUUGCAUCGUGUGUCCGCAUGCUGAUUGAUUUCGCUACCAUCCAAUCUAUCCCGCUAUCGCGUCUACUACCACGCCAUCCUUCCCCUCUAGAUCCAAUAGUCGGUCAUGCUUUUCCACCACCUCCCCCUUGUUUAAGUGAUCAGGGCUGAGGGCUUCUAGUUGGAGACUUAAUCUUUCGCUAAACUUGUCUCCACUGGGGAAAAGACUUUCUUCAUUGAUUCAGUUGGCUCCACAUGGUUAUAUUUCAAACCUUUUUACUAAACUCAUUUAGAAAGUACGUUGAGAACAGAUCAAGACCCCGUUUGGAUCAGCUAGAGAUAAAUAAAAGCUGCUAAAUAAAGCUUUAGCUGAUAUAAACAUGAAACCCUAAAGAUACAAGGUGUAUCUUGUAUGAGAACAUAGGGAAGUGGUGAAUCUAAUGGAAGGCGCAAUUGAGAAAUGCUCUUCCGUGGAUUCGGUCUGUAAACGUGUCUGUGGGUGGAGAAACGACCAAUGAAUGGCCUUUGUAUAUAUAUGCACCGCUGACUUGGAACUGGUCUUGUGGUCUUGUAUUCAGGGGCGUGUUAGCUUCUGGCGUGUUUUGAACGCCGCUGUCUUUGUAGUACUCUAGUGGAUAUCCAUAUUUAUUAUUUUAGCGGGUACGGAUUCGAAUGAUUCGGAUAUCCAUUUUCACGUCUCCGGCAGAGAGCAGCGUGGGGAACAGGGGAGUGCUCUUGUUUAAAACGGCGCACUCAUCGCUGCGUCGGGCGGGCCUAUCGAUAGUUGAGACGGUCCAUCGGUGCGUGCUGACCCCACACUCACUAUCGUGUACCGUGUCGACAGGCAGUUGUCGCUUACCAAUCGCGACCGGCCAUCGGAAAGCAACAACGCCAAAGCUCUCCUUCCCGGAAGCUUCCUCGAGCAAGACCAGCAUCGAUGCUUCCCCCUUUGUUUACACCUAGCAGUUUUUUUUUCCUUUCCUUUCCUUUUCUUUUUCCCACUUGCUUCGUUGCAGCUUCUUUGAGAAUUUCCUCGAAAUUUCCAGUUCCAGUACUCUCGCGUAUAAGGUCGGCGGCGGCCGUUGCAGGCUUGCAGCUAGAUGCAAAGCUGUAAGUUUCUUCGCCACGAAGAAAUCCUGGGCGGGAAAAUCGCCGAUUAAAAUUUAGAGAGAAUGGCGACUGCACAUCAAGCUGUUACCCCCAGGCCAAGAGAGGAGGAUCCUGCAGCCGAGCGUUUGAUCUUCGUCCCCGUGGAGCAGCAGGCCGACUACCAGCAGGACGGCCGCCAAGGCAACAAUGGCGACGGGGCCUUCCCCUGGCUGACGCUCCUGGGGUUUGGCUUCCUCACCUUCAACUCAGUUAUGGCGAUACUCCGGGCGCAAGGGGACAGGAUGGCCAUAGCCUUCGUCGGCUUCUCGUACGCUGAUCUGGUGGCACUCUUCGCCUGCCUGAGGAUGUACGAGAGCGCACCGGCGGGUUCGUCCAAGAGGGACUGGCUCAAGAUAGCGGUCUGGAUUUUGACAACUCUGCUAACGUUGGCCUUCUCCGGCAAAGUCGCGGCUGUCAUGCCACCGCCGGUGGCGGUGGUCGUGUGGCUGAUGGCUUUCGCGACCAUCGCCGGAGGCUUCGUCACCUUCUUCAUUUACAAGGAGAAGAAGUGAAUUCUCAAGGUACGCACGUGCCUCCGGCCAUCCGUCUUCCCCGGCCGGCUGGGCGACUGAGCUGUCCGGCGGCCGUCCGUCCCUGCUUCUGUGAGUGAACUUCAUGUAUGGUUCGUAUCUGUUUGUUUGCCAGUAUAUGAGGUUCUAGUAAUCGAGAAAUUUUGUUAUGCUAACCUGACCGGCACAUGUCCAGAUGAUCGUUGCUUGAAUAUAUCAGCUCCACCGAUGUUGUUUCUUUUGGAUCAAUCACAGUGGCCAAUACACAGUUUAUAUUUAUGGUUUUGCAAAUUGUUCAAUAAUUUCCGAUCACUUAACCCCAUAGCUUAAAUUGGUAAUACAUAAGAACCUUGUUUCGACGUUGAUCUAGUUAAUUGUUCAAAAAUGGCUUAUAGUGGAGUAAUAAAGUUCAGUCAUAUCAAAUUUAAGGCUAUCAUCAUAUAUAUAAGUCUGCCUGAACGGAGAUGUAAGAUGUUUUAGCAAUUGGAUCGAUCAAACCUUUUAAGCUUUCACAAAUCUACAUUGAUCGACAGCAAUGAGUGUAAAGUUAUCAAAAUCACUAUUAAAAUAUCUCUAAAAA